AUGGCUUCCCCCCAACACUACUCCCUUCUCAUCUCCCUCACUCUCCUCAUUCUACAAACAUAUGCUCAAAGUCAAAGCCCCCCAAUAACCCUCCCAAUCCACCUAGACACCAAAACCUCCCAAUACUACACCACCAUCCACAUGGGCUCCAACCGGGCCCCCAUCAACGCCAUCCUCGACCUCGGGGGCCCGUUCCCAUGGUUCGCCUGCGACAACUACGUCUCAAACACCUACUCCCCAAUCCCCUGCGGCUCGGCCCGCUGUGAGGUCGCCAAGGGGAUUGGGUGCGUGAGCUGCAAUCUGCCCCCGAGGCCCGGUUGCACGAACGACACGUGCGCGGCCUCUCCCUACAACCCCUACCUCGACAUGCUAUUCGCAGAGGGCUUCGCGGAGGACACACUGUCCUUCGCUGCAGCCCGAGUCCCCGCCUUCAUAUUCUCGUGCAUGCAUGCGGAGGACUUGGGCGGCCUUGCGCGCGGGGCCACGGGCAUGCUCGGCCUCGCCAGGGCCGAGACGUCGCUCCACGGACAGGUCGCCAAAAGUCUAGGCCUUCGCGACAAAUUCUCCCUGUGUUUCCCGUCCUCGUCGGGAGUUACCGGGAAAUUGUUGAUCGGGCUCGGGCCGGGCCCAACGCCGGGCCUCGACGGAAUUUUGAAAUCCACGGCCCUCAUCGUGAACCCGGUGAGCACGUACCCGAUUUACGUGACGGGCGACCCGUCGGACGAGUACUUCGUCGACGUGCAGUCGAUACGGGUCGCGGGUCGACAGCUGUCGAUCAAGAGCUCGUAUUUCUCGAUCGACAAGGAGGGAGUGGGCGGGACGAAAAUCAGCACCGUUCGGAACUUCACGUCGCUCCACAACUCGAUUUAUAGGCCGUUCACGAGGGCAUUCGUGAAGGCGGCCUCGGACCUUGGGAUCAAGAGUGUGGCGGGCGUGGGCUCGUUCCGGGCCUGUUUUAGCACGCGGACGGUACGAGCAGUGCCGGAUAUCGACCUUGUGCUGCCUGGGAGGGACGUUUAUUGGAGGAUAAGUGGCGAAAACUCGAUGGUUGAGGUUGACGGGAGGACAACGUGCCUCGCGUUCGUGGACGGUGGGCCCAGCCCGAGGACGUCGGUGGUGAUUGGUGCGAGACAGCUGGGGGAUAAUUAUUUGGAGUUUGAUUUGGUCAACUCACGGUUGAGCUUCAGCUCUUCACUUUUGGCCCACAACAAAAGCUGCAGCUCUUAA